CUCGUAGGCUGGCUUUGUCGGACGGCGCAAAAGGCCUCCUAGCUUUUGCUGCCCCCGCGGCACCGAGCUGCGAUUUUCCUCAAACGCGUAGACGCGCAAAAAAGCGCCCCGCGGCGCCCCGCUCCACCCGAACCCCACUCCUCUCUCCUCACUCUCGUUUCCCCUUUUCCCAUCGCGCAACCAUGUGGCGGCGGUGCCAAUCCCUCGCCCUUCGCCGAUAAACGCCGCCUCCGUAGAUGCCCGCAACCGAUUCUCACCGCCGCUAUCGCCGCCGCCGCCGCCGCCGCUCUUCCGGUGAGACGAGGAGGAGGAAUCUGCCGCUCUUGCCGCUGCGAUUAUGACGAUGAUGCCGGCGUCGGAGCCGAGCGCCGCCGCGGUCGGGGACGAGGACCCGUCGCUCUCGAAGCGGGUCGCUGACCGUUACCUGAAGCGCGAAGUCCUCGGGGAAGGCACCUAUGGCGUCGUCUUCAAGGCCAUCGACACCAAGACUGGGCAAACAGUUGCAAUUAAGAAGAUUCGGCUGGGAAAGUACAAGGAAGGUGUAAAUUUUACUGCUCUUAGGGAAAUUAAACUCCUUAAGGAGCUUAAGGACCCAAAUAUUAUUGAGUUAAUUGAUGCUUUCCCUCACAAGGGUAACCUGCAUCUUGUAUUUGAGUUCAUGGAGAGUGACCUGGAGGCUGUUAUUCGUGAUAGAAAUAUCGUUCUUUCACCAGCUGACAUAAAGUCAUAUCUUCAAAUGACAUUGAAAGGGCUUGCAUACUGCCAUAAAAAAUGGGUCCUGCACAGGGAUAUGAAACCCAAUAACCUACUGAUUGCUGCUGAUGGACAGCUUAAGCUUGCAGACUUUGGUCUGGCACGCAUUUUUGGCAGCCCAGAUCGCAAGUUUACUCACCAGGUUUUUGCUCGUUGGUAUAGGGCACCUGAACUGUUGUUUGGCACCAAGCAAUAUGGAGCUGGGGUAGACGUGUGGGCUGCAGGCUGUAUAUUUGCUGAACUCCUCCUUAGACGACCCUUUUUACAGGGUUCCAGUGAUAUUGAUCAACUAGGAAAGAUAUUUGCAGCUUUUGGGACUCCAAAGCCAUCUCAGUGGCCAGAUAUGGUUUACCUUCCAGAUUAUGUUGAAUACCAACAUGUUCCUGCACCUCCCCUGCGUUCACUGUUUCCUAUGGCGAGUGAUGAUGCUUUAGAUCUAUUGUCAAAGAUGUUCACAUAUGACCCCAAAGCAAGGAUAUCCGUGCAACAGGCACUAGAGCAUAGGUAUUUUUCAUCUGUACCUGCACCAACAAAGCCAUCAUUGCUUCCAAGGCCACCUCGUAAGGGGGACUCGCUUAAUCACAGGCCAUCAGAAUUCAAUUCACAGGAGGGCCCUCUUGUUUUGUCUCCGCCAAGGAAGUUGAGGAGGGUGACUGUUCAUCAUCAUGAAGGAUUGGAAGGAAAUGUAUACCAACAAGAUAAGGCUGAUGAGCAUAUGGGGGAAGAAAGACAUGGUGAGACUACUGGUCAGAGUGGUAAUAUGCCAAUGUCAAUAGACUUGGGAGCGGUGUUCGGCUCACGUCCGAUUCCUAGACCAACUCUGAACAGUGCUGAUAGGUCACAUUUGAAGAGAAAGCUUGAUUUGGAUGCGGAAUUUGAAUAACCCCAGUGAGAGCAGCCUGAGAAGACACAUGCCAUAUGCUGCUUGUCUGAACUUUAAGAUGUCAUAUUGAGUUCACCAUUUAUGAAAUUUGUUUACAAAAAACUGAGUAGCAGGUCCCAGCAAAGGUGCAAAACUUGUACUUGAGAAAGAGGCUCCAUUGGAUCAGACAUGGUUGUAUUUGGCAUGUGUAGAAUGGGUAAUAGGAAAUCCAUUUUUUUAUACGGUUGUACACUAGCAUAUAGAGACUGCCCUCAAUUCCAAAAGCUUUGCUUUGGACAUGUAAUUUAUUUGAUCUAUUUUUUCUUGUGAAAAUAGCGAGGACGGUUGGACAAUGAUGUAAGCAAUGGUUUGAAUUUAUGUUGGAUGGUAGAAUGAAGUCUUGGCUUUUUAAGAUUAGUAUGGUGCUUGUUGCUACUUAUUGUUCUAUAGAUAGUGAGGUUAAUUGUUGGA